AUGGUUACGAAGUCAGCUAACUGUUUGUCGGAGUACGGGAAGGCUUUCGCUUAUUUGGAUAGUGCUAGAAAUGAGUAUUACGACCGACUUAAGUUCAGAAUUCAAAGACGCAACUCUGAAUAUGCACAUCAACCGUUUUUGUGGGGCGACUUAGACGAUCUCCAUCAUCGAGACUCGGAAGUUUUACAGCUAGACCAUGGUAAAAGUAGCAACGAAGAGCUGAAAAAUAACAAUGAUAUAUCAUUAGAUGUUAGUCCGCACAAUUCUUCUACAGGUUCUGUGGCUGAUGAAGAAUUGGUUAGUUGUCUAGGUGAUGUACAGCAAGCAGUUAGUGGUACCUUGAACCAUUCAAAGAAGGACGUUGGUACUCAGACUCAAAGAACUGGUCUUCAAAAAACUAUUGAACAGUCGAAGGCAUUUGUGCCCUACGCAUUUGGGGGUUCGCCUGCUCCUAUCUCAGGUAUUAAAAGAACGUUCAACGUCAAGUCAGACCGAGACGUCUACCCUUCUGCUAUGCGAGCUGAGGUUCGUCGUAAAGAAAAGCUACUGGGUUGUAAGCAGAUGAGUACUUUAAACACAAAAAGAUCUGGAUUAUUUGGACCUAAUUCGCACGUUUUUAAAGUCCAAGCCCACGAGCCGUGCAAAGCUGUAAAACGAUCUUCACCCGUUUCCCGAAAGUCAACAGUGGGAGUCAUCGGCGCACUUCAACCAUCUGGGUUGGUGGCUUCAUAUGCUAACUUGAAUAACCACACCGACAGAGAAACAGAAAAUGCAUGGACUUCAGAAUAUAUUCAAAAAUAUCCGUCAUAUCCAUCUUCAGUGUAUGUUCGUAGUGCAUCUGUCGCUGCAGGUCGUUGUCGUCCAUUCUCUUUCUCUUACAACCGACCGUCAUCCUCUUCUCUGAGAAGCUUGGUCCCACUUACACCAGUACUAUUAAGUUGUCGUGGUUCGAAUCCUACUCCCAAGAGCCAUCGUGGAACUUGUUGUGAUAUAUGCUCAUUUAAUGAUCCUAAAGAUGAAUUUGCCGGUCCGUUGCUUAGCGCUCAUUAA